AUGGCGCCAUCCUCUCAAUCAGUCGGCCGCGUGGGCUGGGACAUGCUCAGGAAGCCGUGUGGCGAUGCCGACGCCGCUCCGCAGACCGUCGUGCUGUCACCACUGUCCAUCACGAUUGCCCUGGGAAUGCUUGCCGGCGCCGCAGACGACUCCAAGAAACGGGACUUGUGCACAAAGCUUGGUCUCCAGAGCGCAAACGACCUGGAUUCGGUCCUCCGCCCGUUGCACAGCGCUCUCUGCGGAGGCGCCAAGGACGGCCCACUGGCCCUCGCAAACGCCGUCUUCACCGACGACACCGUCGCCCUGUAUCCGGCUUACCGAGACUUUCUCAGGGGCUUCAACGCCGAAUCAACACGGUACCCAGACCUUGCGCGGGCCGCAGAGGAUAUGAACACGUGGAUCUCGGACAACACGCGCGGCUUGAUUCGACGCAUGCUGUCCCCGGCGGCCCUGCAACAUAGUCACUUGGCGCUCGUGAAUGCCAUCGGAUUCAAGGGGACCUGGCAAAUGCAGUUUGAGCGGGGCGACACGCGCAAGGAGAAGUUUUGCAUCGCCCGAGAUGAACAGACCGAGGUGGACAUGAUGUUUCAACGCAAGCAAAAGAUUGCGUCCUUGGAAACGCCAAGUUACAAAGCCGUCCGCCUGCCCUACACGCUGCCCGAGUCGUACCCUUCGACCUCGCUAUUUGCCUAUCUGCCAGCCGAGGGAACAUUGCUCAGCACUGUCCUGGACGAGAUUGCCACGAGUAGUGGCAACCCCGUCGGCCAGUUCGCCGAGGUCAAGUAUGACGAGUUUGGCUUCCCCAGGUUUGAUAUUGACUCCAAGUUUUCGCUGGUCGAUACGCUCGAGGAGCUCGGCUAUCCCGUCGGAGGAGCAUAUGCGCACAUGGCAGAGGGCCAGAACCAGGUGCAAACCAUGCUUCACCAAGCCUAUGUCAAAGUCGAUGAGGAGGGCACAGAAGCUGCGGCCGCCACGGCCGUCAUCAUGGCCAGGAGCAUGAUUCUCGACCCCAAGGUCUUGCUGUUCAACAGGCCCUUCAUCUUUGCCAUUGCCAGUGACAAGCCCGAUGCCAUCCUGUUUGCGGGCAUCUACUCGGGCAAAUAG